AACGACCCCGGUGGGGGUUGCUGCUGCUGCUACUGCCACUCUCUCCUGAGCGUGGCGCUCGGAAGCUGGAUGAGCGGCGAGUUGGUGCUGCUUCGUAGGUUCCCGCGGCUGCUGCUUCUCCCUUCUGCCGCCCUCGUAUGGAGGAGGAUGAGCGGUGGGAGGGGCGGCUGAAGACCGGCAGCGCGGCGCCGAAAAGGUGUCGCCGGGAGAGGCUGAGCGUGUGAGGGGGUGCGCGGCCGCUCCUCUUGCAGAAGCCGCCGCCGCGGGGCGAGAAGUUCCACUAGGAGCGAGAGACGACCACGCCUCGCGGACUCGCAAAGGCGGCCUUAGGAAUUGGAAGGGGAGGCGGCGGCGAGGGGUGCAGAGGCUCGGUGGGCGUCUCCUGGUGUGCAGACCCUGCUCGCCGCCCAGUCCCGCGCCCACCACCAUGGCAGCGCGAUCCCGGCGCCCCUGGCUGAGCGUUAUGUUGGGGCUGGUGCUGGGCUUCACCGUUGCCUCUUGGCUCAUUGCCCCCAAAGUGGCCGAACUGAACGAGAGGAAGAGGCGCGGAGGCAGCGGCGGCUUUUCUAGCAUCGGUGGUGACGGCAGCCUCUGUUCGUACUACGGCCGUGCGCCUGGGCUGCCCGGGGGCAAGAGGCAGCUGCAACCCGAGGCGAGGGCAGCCGCCGCCACUGGAGGGCUCGGGGGCUUCAGCCGGUGGGAAAGAGAGCAGCUGCCGCCGCCGCCGCCUCCUCCCGCCGCGGAGGACGAGCCCAUGCCUAGUCCUCCCGUGGCUGCUGCUGCUGGAGAGGUAAGCCCGCAGGAGGAAGAGGAGGAAGGGGAAGGCGCGGGCCGCCACGGCAGCAGCCACAACGGGAGCGGGGACGAUGCGGGCGCCCCGGGCUGCUCCCAGACUCGCCACUUCCUCUACGUGGGAGUCAUGACUGCCCAGAAAUACCUGAGCAGCAGAGCUUUGGCGGCGCAGCGGACCUGGGCGAGCUCCAUCGCCGGCCGCGUGGAGUUCUUCUCCAGCCAGGGCUCCGUCUCUCCGCCCGCUCUGCCGGGAGAGCAGCCGCUGCCGGUCGUGUCUCUGCCCGGAGUAGACGACUCGUACCCGCCGCAGAAGAAAUCGUUCAUGAUGCUCAAGUACAUGCACGACAAGUACUUGGACACCUACGAGUGGUUCAUGCGGGCCGACGACGACGUCUACAUCAAAGGAGAAAAAUUAGAGGAAUUCCUAAGGUCGUUGAACAGCAGUAAACCUUUGUAUUUGGGGCAGACAGGACUGGGAAAUACUGAAGAACUUGGAAAACUGGCUCUUGAGCCAGGAGAGAAUUUCUGCAUGGGAGGACCUGGGAUGAUCUUCAGUCGUGAAGUUCUUAGAAGGAUGGUACCUCAUAUAGGUGAAUGUCUUCAGGAAAUGUACACUACUCAUGAGGAUGUAGAAGUGGGCCGAUGUGUUCGGCGGUUUGGUGGAACUCAGUGCGUUUGGUCUUAUGAGAUGCAGCAGUUGUUCCAUGAAAAUUAUGAACACAACCGGAAGGGUUACAUACAGGAUCUUCACAAUAGCAAAAUUCACACAGCAAUUACGCUUCAUCCAAAUAAAAGGCCAGCUUAUCAGUAUAGACUUCAUAAUUAUAUAUUGGCUCGUAAAAUAUCAGAAUUACGUUAUCGUACUAUCCAGCUUCAUAGAGAAAGUGCUCUCAUGAGUAAGCUCAGUAAUACUGAAAUCAGCAAAGAUGAUCAACUUCUGGGAAUGAUGCCAUCUUUUAACCGCUUCCAGCCACAUGACAGGAGUGAAAUCAUUGAAUGGGAGUUUCUGACUGGAAAACUGCUUUAUUCUAUGGCUGAGAAUCAGCCACCCAGACAGAAUAUUAAUAGUGUUCUGCGGGCAGCACUAGAUGACACUGUAAUGCAGGUAAUGGAAAUGAUCAAUGAGAAUUCUAAAUCUAGAGGAAGGCUUAUUGAUUUCAAUGAAAUACAGUAUGGGUACCGCAGGAUUGACCCUUUGCAUGGAGUGGAAUACAUUCUGGAUCUGUUGCUAUUAUACAAAAGGCACAAAGGAAGAAAAGUUACUGUUCCAGUUCGACGGCAUGCUUACCUUCAACAAUUAUUUAGUAAGCCAUUUUUCAAAGAAGAAGAAGAACUGGAUGUGAUCAGCCUUGUAGAAAACAUGAAUAGUGUCACCCAGUCUUUCUCCUUCCUUUCUAAUUCCUUGAAGAUGUUUUCAUCAUUUCAAGGCACCAAAGAAAUAGGAGUGCAUGGUGACAACAAGAUUCAUAUUCUAGUUCCUCUCACAGGGAGGUAUGAUAUUUUUUUAAGAUUUAUGGAGAACUUUGAAAAGACAUGCCUUAUAUCCAAGCAGAAUGUAAAACUGGUAGUUAUUCUCUUCAGUUCUGAUUCUGGUCAGGUUUCCAGUAAACACAUAGAGCUGAUUAAUGAAUAUCAUCAUAAAUAUCCUAUGGCUGACAUGACAGUUAUUCCAAUGACAGGUGCUUUUUCUAGAGGGUUAGGUCUUGAAAUGGCUUCCUCCAAAUUUGACAAUGACACUUUGCUGCUAUUCUGUGAUGUCGACCUUAUAUUUACCCCAGACUUUCUCCAGCGGUGUCGAGCUAACACUAUACAAGGGCAACAAGUUUAUUAUCCAAUUAUCUUCAGUCAGUAUGAUCCCAAAGUGACAUAUGGGGGCACCCCUCCAACAGACAGUGACUUUGUUUUUACAAAGAGAACUGGGUUCUGGAGGGACUAUGGAUUUGGGAUUGCUUGCAUUUACAAAAGUGAUCUUGUAAGUGCUGGUGGAUUUGACACCUCAAUUCAAGGUUGGGGUCUUGAGGAUGUAGACCUCUUUACUAAAGUAAUCACUUCUGGAUUGAAGGCUUUUAGAAGCCAAGAAGUAGGUGUUGUGCAUAUUUUUCAUCAAGUUCAUUGUGAUCCUAACCUAGAUCCUAAACAAUACAAGAUGUGCUUAGGAUCCAAAGCAAGUACAUUUGCGUCUGCCAUGCAACUAGCUGAAAUAUGGCUAGAAAAACAUUUAGGUGUCAGGUAUAAUCGAACUCUUUCCUGACAUUCUAACUUACUCUGCCUUCCAAGGGGAGUUUACCUCAUUUUUACUUUGUUCUGUUGCAUUUGCAAGCUUCUCUUUGUCUUCCAAAGGACAUGCGUUUGACCUCAAAUGAACAGAGUCUGCUGUCAGAAACAUUACAGAUCCCUACUGAACUGAUUAGAUGUUGUGUCAUUCUAAUCUCUUUGAUCUAUAAACCAAGUAAAACCAUGGCAAUCAAGCAAUCCCAUGGAGGACAUCUAUCAUGAGGACUACGUCAAACGGCUGUUCUCUUUGGACAUUAGGAUACAAUAUCUGUCUUCAUUUUGUCUGUUAAACAUAAUGUGAUAACAGAUAUUUUUUGGUAAAGGUACCACAAAAGUGCUUUAUGCUUCCUCUGGGAAAGAGACUGUGGCAAACUUUAGUUUUAUAAUUUAUAUGUGGAGAAAAAUAAGCAGUAUUGUUCUUCAUCUUUAUAAUUUUUGAAGUAGACCAAUGACUGAUUGUCUUUAUUUAAAAACAAAAAAAUACACAAAUUGAAGUUUUUCUUUAUAAGUGCAGCUGGUACUGGCUACCAAGAAACGUAAACAUUGUAAUAAAAUGACCUCUUCAUUACUGUCUACUCUAAGCGCCAUUGAACUGAACUGUGUUUUCUCAAGGAAAUGUGACUUAUUCAAAUAUUUACAUAAAUGAGGCAGUUCCUGAACCAAUGUCCUUCAUUUGCUGGCCAGAAGACACAAUAUGGUUAUUUAUAAUAAAAGUACAAAUGUACUGUAUUCUUUUUUCAAAGACAAGAAUAUGUUGCUUUGUGUUGGUUUAGAAUAAGCCUCUAAUAUAUAAAUAAUUUUCUAUUUUAUUCAUUUUAUAAGGCUGUACUUGAUACAAAGGAAAAUAGAAGGGUACUUACUGUUGUCUUUUUACAAUUGUGCAUUAAUAUUGUAGUCUGAAAUCAAUCAUUGUUAAACUUAAAAGAAUAUGUAAUUAUUUAAGUAUGAAAAUACUAUUGCUGGUCAAAGUUCUUGCCAAUAUAUUUAUAUUAGUGAUUUAUAGGAAUGUGGACUUUUAUCUCUAAAAAGUUUAAGUAUUUUGUAUAGUGUAUUGGUGAAAUAGUGAAAGGGAAGUUAAUAUUAGAAACCACAUAAAGUCUGGUAAUGAUUAGAUUUCUUUUUGUCAAAGAAAAGUAAUUUCUAAUCUGAAGCAAGUUGCAAUAUA